CCUGGUAUCGGAUCCUCACAUAAACCUCCGGCCCAAAAAAUAAAGCCGCCACUAAAAUCCCGCCCCUGUUUCUGCCUACCGGAAACUGCAUCGCUCGUGUUGACCGCGACGCCGUCGCUUUCCCCGUAACGAGUCGUCAACACAUUUCCGAUAUUUUACCACCCGCUCCGUCACUCGCGGGCACAAUCAUUGCGGAAUAUAAAUACCCCUCCACACGCUCCAAUUUACCAUAUCAACCCCAAUCUCCUUCCCUCUUUCCUCUGUUCGUACACUCUGAUAUUUUUUCUGCUUCCUUCGAAUUACAUACGUUUUCCGUCAGAGAAUAAAAAGAUAAAAAAAAUUUACAAAUGGGCGAUUCGAAUCCGCCCGGAAACGUGCAGAUAAAGGUGGUCAAGGGCGACUUCGGCUACAUGCUCGAAGACGUCCCCCAUCUCUCCGAUUACUUGUCCGAUCUUCCUACUUAUCCCAAUCCGUUGCGAUUCAAUCCUGCUUAUUCAGUUGUAAAACAGUAUUUUGUUAACGUGGAUGACACCGUUGCUCAAAAGAUUGUUGUUCACACGGAUAGUCCGAGAGGGACACACUUCCGGCGAGCAGGACCACGCCAGAAGGUUUAUUUCAACCCGGCUGAAGUUCAUGCUUGUAUUGUAACAUGUGGUGGUUUGUGCCCGGGGCUCAACACGGUGAUCAGGGAAAUUGUGUGUGGACUUUAUCACAUGUAUGGUGUCUCGAAAGUACUUGGGAUAGACGGAGGAUACAAGGGUUUCUAUGCCCGAAACACCAUUACCUUGACACCCAAGGUUGUCAAUGACAUCCACAAGCGUGGCGGUACCAUCAUUGGUACGUCACGAGGAGGACAUGAUACUGCAAAGAUAGUUGACAGCAUUCAGGAUCGUGGAAUUAAUCAUGUUUACAUAAUUGGAGGUGAUGGAACUCAAAAAGGAGCAGCUGUCAUAUAUGAGGAAAUUAGGCGGCGUGGCCUCAAAGUUUCUGUUGCAGGAAUUCCAAAAACCAUAGACAAUGACAUUCCGGUUAUAGACAGAUCUUUUGGCUUUGAUACUGCAGUUGAGGAGGCUCAACGUGCCAUUAAUGCAGCUCAUGUUGAAGCUGAAAGUAUUGAGAACGGUAUUGGUGUUGUGAAGCUAAUGGGACGCUACAGUGGUUUCAUAGCUAUGUAUGCUACACUUGCCAGUCGAGAUGUCGACUGUUGUUUGAUUCCAGAGUCCCCCUUCUAUCUUGAAGGAAAAGGUGGACUUUUUGAGUACAUUGAAAAACGACUCAAAGAAAAUGGACAUAUGGUUAUUGUGAUAGCUGAGGGUGCAGGACAAGAUCUUCUGUCAGAGAGCUUGCAAUCUAUGAACCAGCAGGAUGCUUCAGGAAACAAGCUACUUCAAGAUGUUGGGUUAUGGAUUUCUGAGAGGAUAAAGAGUCACUUUGGAAGGCAGCAAAAGCUCGCCAUUAAUCUUAAGUAUAUAGAUCCUACGUACAUGAUCCGGGCUAUUCCAAGCAAUGCAGCCGACAAUGUCUACUGCACACUCCUUGCUCAAAGUGCGGUUCAUGGAGCAAUGGCAGGGUACACAGGCUUUGUAUGUGGGCCUGUCAAUGGAAGGCAUUCUUAUAUUCCUUUCAAUCAUAUUACAGAGAAGCAGAACAAGGUUGUGAUUACUGACAGGAUGUGGGCACGACUCCUUUCUUCAACCAACCAGCCGAGCUUCUUGAACCCCAAAGAUGUCACCGAAAUCCAAGAAGAUGAAGAUCCUCCAACUCAGAUGUUGGAUGGGGAAAACUGUAAAGAUAGCAAGUUCGCAACAAAAGACAUCCCCAGCAUGUCAUGAAAACACACGUGGCUCUUCCCUUUACCAUCCCCAGAUUUCGGAUGAUGGAAGCUCAAAUUUUGACUUCUAAUAUAUAUCGAGCACUGAUUGUUUGCUUGUAUCUGAAAGUUUUCAAUUAAACAAGUUGUACGAAAAAAAACGAUGUAUCGGUUGGUUUCUGUUUCCACGAUUUGCGUCUAUCAGAACUUCAUUUUGCUA